GCGAAGCACAAGCACCCGUAAUUGAAGUGGCAGAAGAAACCUGUUGCUUGCUGUAGUUGCACAUAAAUACAGAAAGAUAGUCACAAAUGAUGACACAUAUAUUCGUUUAGUCCCAGAUUCUCUUGCUUCCUCCACAAAAUCUCUACGAAUUCUUAGCCUGGUCUAGGGCUAGCUUCAGAUUUGUGCGAAGCCAAUCGGUACGAACGAAGGCGUUGAUUCAGCUGAGACGCCACGCCCUCCGCCCUGGAAGAACCCCUUAAUUCUUCGUUGCAGGAUUUUAUUAUUUGGCACACGGACAGCUGUUUUGCGAGUUGCUGCAGUCGAAGCUCAUUGUUAAUGGCGGAUCUUAAAGAGCGCCUGCUUCCUCCAAAACCUCAGUCAGCUGUAAACCUUAGAGAUACAGCUUAUCGAUCUUCAACCUCUGGGCGGCCACCUUUCCAGGGUAUGGAUGUUUUGGGGCUGAAGAAACGUGGCCAAGGCCUUCGAUCUUGGAUUCGUGUUGAUGCAUCUGGGGAUUCCCAAGUCAUGGAGGUUGACAAAUUCACUAUGAUGAGGCGUUGUGAUCUUCCUGCCCGUGAUCUACGCCUGCUUGAUCCCCUAUUUGUUUACCCCUCAACAAUCCUCGGUAGGGAGAAGGCUAUUGUUGUAAAUUUGGAGCAGAUUCGAUGUAUUAUCACAGCAGAUGAGGUUCUGCUCUUAAAUUCCCUAGAUAGUUAUGUAUUGCAAUAUGUGGUGGAGCUACAACGGCGGUUGACGACAAGUGGUGUGAGUGAGGUCUGGCAGACAGAUGCUGCUGACUUGUACCGAAGGAGGGGAAGUAGAAAUUUUGACAAUGCGUUUGGGAGCCCAUCACCAGACUAUUUGCCUUUCGAGUUUAGGGCUCUUGAAGUUGCCCUGGAAUCUGCUUGUACAUUUCUUGACUCUCAGGCAGCAGAAUUGGAAAUUGAAGCGUAUCCAUUACUAGAUGAACUGACAUCAAAGAUCAGUACACUUAAUUUGGAGCGCGUGCGUCGGUUGAAAAGCAGGCUUGUCGCAUUGACUCGGAGAGUUCAGAAGGUUAGGGAUGAAAUAGAGCAGCUCAUGGAUGAUGAUGGAGAUAUGGCUGAAAUGUAUCUUACGGAGAAGAAAAGGAGGAUGGAAACAUCAAUUUAUGGUGAUCAGUCUUUGGUAGCAUACAGAUCAACUGAUGGUGCAUCUGUUUCUGCUCCUGUCUCUCCUGUUUCUUCACCCCCUGAAACCCGGAGACUUGAGAAAAGCUUGAGCAUUGCAAGGAGCCGACAUGACAGCAUGAGGAGUUCUGAAAGUGCCACAGAAAGUAUUGAAGAGCUUGAGAUGUUGUUGGAAGCAUAUUUUGUUGUCAUUGAUAGCACCCUAAACAAGUUGACAUCGUUGAAGGAGUACAUUGAUGACACAGAAGAUUUCAUCAACAUUCAGCUGGAUAAUGUUCGGAACCAGCUGAUCCAAUUUGAGCUGCUACUCACAACAGCAACAUUUGUUGUAGCAAUCUUUGGGGUGGUAGCAGGGAUCUUUGGCAUGAAUUUUGAAAUACCGUUAUUCGAUUACCCUGAUGCCUUCAAGUGGGUCCUUAUAAUCACAGGAGUCACCUUGGCAGUCGUAUUUUUCGCAUUUGUGUGGUUCUUCAAGUACAGAAGGCUAAUGCCACUAUAAAUUCAUGAGGAAACCACAACCAGGAAGUACAGAGGAAAAAAAAUCUUUAUUGUUGUUUUACCUUUUGUCUACUUUAGGUGAAAUUCAAAUAGAUAAAGACUCGCUCUAUUUUAUUGCGAUUCUUUUGUUUUAAUUUAGACUCAAUUGUAAGGAAUUCGUAGAAUAUAUAAUAAUUAUAUAUUAUUUUACCUUUUA